CGUAUUUUGGGGUAACAUAGUCUGGUUUCCUUCAAGGCACAACCACCUUCAAAAUAUACACACAAUCUUCGCUCUUGCGGUGGGGGGGAACAGGCCCCAAAUGGAGUAGUUUUUCCUCACAACAGCAAACCAAGAGUUAAUUGCGUUUCAACCUCUCCCAGGAAUGUGACUUUUUAACAGUCAACCUGAAUUUCCAGACCAUCACUAGUGAUGUCAUCUGGGGUCUCUUCCCUAAAAAAGAAUAUGACCUGGCCUGAAACAAAUCCUUUUUUUUUUUUUCAUUUUGCUAGGUACCUCCUUGACCAACCUUCCUGCCUAUAAAAACCUUCUAUUUUGUCCUUGGAGCUCCUAUUAGAAGCGAUGUCGCCCCAUUCAGGAAUUGCUGAAUAAGCCAAUUAGAUGUUCAAAAACUGAGUAAGCCUGGCAGUGCGAUGGGCACAAUCACAGACAACCCUCCCUCGGCGCCAUCCCAGAGCGGCUUCCAAAGAAUGGCACACACGCAGAAUAGCUCGGUGCACGAAAACGCAACCCGGUUCCCGACCACACCCAGGCCCGGGGCCACCGCCAACCAGUCCCUCAGAAAAUGCCACAGGGACCACGCCGGGGGCACUGGGGGGUCACAGUCAGGGUCACCAUUACAAGCCUUAAAGAUUUGGACACUGGGCCUAAUCCAGGAUCCUCGUUCCACUACUCUCUUCAGAAAGCCCCGAUUUUUCCUCCCCCAACCCCUCGGCAGAUGUCCCCCCCAAGAGCCUCCACACCUCUGAAGAGUCCCAAGUACGCCCCACGCCCCACCGAGGUCGCGCUCCGGCUCAAACAGCAACUCCCAGGAGUCUCAGGGCUCCGCUCUUGGGGGCGGGGAGCUCGGCCUGCUAGGGGGCGGGGCCGAAAACCAAAGGAGAAAAGAACGUAAUAGAGCUUUUCUGUCUACAGUUCCACGGGGGAGGAGGCCCCGGUUAUCCUCGACAGCACCAGUCAUUCACCGGGUCACCGUUAUAGGCGUGAGGAAUCAGGCCCCUCGGCCCUUCCGGAACCUCUGCUUCUCCGCUCCGGAGUCCCCGCUGCGACCCGGCCGCCUUCGUUCCCUGCGAGCUUCCUUCCCGCGGGGCUGAGCGACCGUCCCCAGUUCUUCGCGCGCCUGCGCACUCUCUCUGGAGUCUGGGUGCCACAGAUUUGAGGGCCGGAGGACCUCGGAGCAAAGUCCUGGCCUCAGUCCGGUGAGCCAGCCUCGGCUGUAGUCGUUGUUUUCUGAAGCAAGCGAGCGUGGGACGGGUGACUCUGCGGGCCGGGCCAGGCCGGGAGUGGGUCACGGAGCCCUCGGACGCGAUGCGUUUCUUUCCGACUGAUGGCUUGCGGUCCUGAGGGCGCGGAGUUAGGGACCCGCGGCUGUAACGGCGCUGGGCCGGAGUUGUGGGCGCGGCCUAGUCUGCAGUGCGAGACCCUGAGGUCUUGCGCAAGCCCGUCCUCGUGUCGACCACCUAGGCCCGGCGGAAGAAAAAAGACCCGAAAUGAAAGUCGGAGGUGGAGCCACAUAAAGAAGGCCCUUCGCUUAACUCCGGUCCUAGAUUCGGGGCUGGCUUCUGAGGUCUGCGAGGACCGGCUGAACAGAAAACGACGCGGUGGGCCGCCCCAGGGGGUGGGCAGUUGCGGUGACCCUACUGCAGGGUGCUCGAGCUGCGAACUCGGACACGGGUGUCCGCGGACCUUCGCUGGGCCCCUCCUCGGUUCCAUUUGUGCAUCCCUGCCAAGUAAGCAGAGAAGGCCUUUGAAGUGAAACGAAGCGCUCGCUGCUGCGCCUGUAAAAGCCAGGUUCUCUCUGGCUUCUGUGGACUCUACGUCUCCAGUAAGUGACCCUUGAAGGAAACUGACCAGUUCUUGCAGUUCUAAAAUCAUGGCUCAUGAUUUGGUGAUGUUCAGAGACGUGGCUGUAGACUUUUCACAGGAAGAAUGGGAAUGCCUGAACUCAAGUCAGAGGAAUUUGUACAGAGAUGUGAUACUAGAGAACUAUAGCAACUUGGUGUCUCUGGGAUGUUCCAUUUCUAAGCCAGAUGUAAUUACCCUGUUAGAACAAGGGAAAGAUCCCUGGAUGGGUAUGAGGGAUGGGAAAAGAAGCUGGAGCCCAGAUUUAGAAUCCAGAUAUGACACUAAAAAGUUACUUCAAGAAAAGGAUAUUUGUGAAAUGAAUUUAUCUCAGUGGGAAAUAAUGGAAAGAAUUAGAAGCUGUGGCCUCAAAGACUCCUUUUUCAGAAAAGUUUGUGAAUACAAAAAGUUUGAGGGACAUGAAGGUCCUCAGGAGGGAUAUUUCAGGCCAGGGAAAAAAACCACCUCUGGAAAAAUGCCUACUUAUGGAAAACUUACAACUCUUACUCUGUAUCAGAGAAUUCAUAAUAGAGAGAAACCUUAUGAAUGUGGGGAAUGUGGGAAGGCUUUUAGAGUACGCCAACAACUUACUUUCCAUCAGAGAAUUCAUACUGGUGAGAAACCCUAUGAAUGUAAAGAAUGUGGAAAAGCCUUUAGACAGUGUGCCCACCUUAGUCGACAUCAGAGAAUUCAUACUUCUGACAAACUCCUUGAAUGUAAAAAAUGUGGAAAGAUCUUUACAUGUGGUGCAGAUCUUCGAGUACAUCAGAGAACUCAUAUUGGUGAGAAGCCCUAUGAAUGUAAGGAAUGUGGGAAGGCCUUUAGAGUGCGAGGACAACUUAAUCUCCAUCAAAGGAUUCAUACUGGUGAGAAGCCCUAUGAAUGUAAGGAAUGUGGGAAGACCUUCAGACAGUAUGCGCACCUUACUCGACAUCAAAGACUUAACAUUGCUGAGAAGUGCUAUGAAUGUAAGGACUGUGGGCAAGCUUUUCUGUGUAGUACAGGCCUUAGAAUACAUCACAAACUUCAUACUGGCGAGAAACCCUAUGAAUGUAAAGAAUGUGGGAAGGCCUUUAGAGUGCGACAACAGCUAACACUCCACCAGAGGAUUCAUACUGGAGAGAAGCCCUAUGAAUGUAAGGAAUGUGGAAAGACCUUUAGUCGUGGUUAUCAUCUAACUCUCCAUCAGAGAAUUCAUACUGGUGAGAAACCUUAUGAAUGUAAGGAAUGUCAGAAGUUCUUUCGUCGUUACUCAGAACUUAUUUCACAUCAAGGUAUUCAUAUUGGAGAAAAACCCUAUGAUUGUAAAGAAUGUGGGAAGACCUUUAGACUAUUUUCACAACUUACUCAACAUCAGAGUAUUCAUUUUGGUGAGAAACCUUAUAAAUGUAAGGAAUGUGAGAAGACUUUUAGACUGCUUUCACAGCUUACUCAACAUCAGAGUAUUCAUACUGGUGAGAAACCCUAUGAUUGUAAGGAAUGUGGAAAGGCCUUUAGACUUCAUUCAUCACUUAUUCAACAUCAGAGAAUUCAUUCUGGUGAGAAACCAUACAAAUGUAAGGAAUGCAAAAAGGCAUUUAGACAACAUUCUCACCUUACUUAUCAUCAGCGAGUUCAUAAUGUAGCAAAAUAAUUAUAAGAAAUCCUUUUGUGAAUUUUGUGUUAAGGAGCAUUAGAAAAUAAAUUCUAGAGGGAAAGUUUUUGAAUGUGGAAAUCCCCUUUUGCUUCAUGCUCACGAGGUUUAUUUAAAAGAAAGUGUAAAUGAAUAUGGAGUUUUUCAUCUCCAUUCAAACCAUGUUAAUUAGGAAAUAUGUUCUAGAAAGAAACUGUCUUAAAGGAGUGAAUGUGGAAAAGCUUUUAUGUUAAGUGUGAUCACCUCUAUUCCAUCUAUGCAAUAUACCUAAGGAGGCUGCUAGGGCACUAAUUCAUUCAGAAAAUUGAUAAACAAAAUGAAAGAAGAGUCAUUUAGCUUGCAUUUCCUUUAUGAACUAUAUUUCAGGGCACAUAGAAGUUGAGAUGUUUAUUAGAGAGUUUUGCAGCACAUAAUGAAAUGAUGGACAUAGGCAUGAUUCUCAAAAUAGAAGUUAAAACCGUUAGGUCAAAGAUUGAUAUGAACUCCAUAGUGAAUAUAUCAGGAUAGCAACCUCUAACACCACAAGAUGAAUUUUAACCUCAUCAAAAAAUAGGACAAAAUAUUUUAUACCUCCUAAUGAGAAACCAUAAGACAUAAUAUCUUGUCAAAAAAUAUUGAACUGGACUCUAGUUAAGCAUCAAGAACUAACUCCCAGUUUAAAGAAAAUUCAAGGAAGAGAAAGAACAAAUUAUAUGACAUAAGAAGCAAUUAAGCAAAUCUAAAAUAUGGGUAAAGACCCACAAGUAGAAUGAACUGGAUUCUCAACCAAUAAAAUAGUAUUGAAAAGGAGUUGGAACUCUUAGAUAUUAAAAGUCUUAAGAGAUGUAUCAAAUAUAAUGAUUGAGUGGUUCUUAUUUAGACAGCAAGUUGAACAAAUAUAAAAACACUUGUAUGACAAGUGGGGAAAGUGGAAUAUUGACAGUAUUAGAUAAUAUUAAGAAUUUAUUAUUUUGUUAGGUGUAAUAAUAGCAUUGCAGUUAUGUAAAAAUGUUUUUUAGAGAUAAGUUAUGAAGUUUAUACCCAUAAGAUUUUAUGAUGUCUGGGAUUUCCUUUAAAAUGCUCAUGCAAAAGAAAAAUUAGGGUAGAUUACCUUAGUUUGUCAAAAUAAUGUAAGAUGAGUCUUGGGUACAUAGUUUUUUAUUGUUUUUACUAUUUCCCCUACUUUUAUGUAUUUGUAAUUUUCCAUAAUAUUCUUUUAAAGAUAAAAUUAACUGAAAUUAUAACCAGUUUGAACUGAAUGAUUUUUUUUAAUGCCUACAUAUCAAAACUUGUGGAUGUUGUCAAAGUUGUAUGCACUGGGAUAUUAAAUGUGCUAUAAUCAGAUUUGGGAAAUUAAGAUUGAGGGUCCAGAUUUUAUCUAGUUCACCUAUCACUACAUGUUAUAAUGUCUGUCCCAUAAUAUUUCAAAUGCUUAAAGAAUGAGUAAAAAAAAUUACUACAACUAAGUAUGGAAAUUUAUGGAAUAGACCAUUGUCCAAUGAGAUUGUUGCUAACAACGUGUUGAGCACUUAGAGCUAUUGAGCACUUGAGAUGUGGCUAUUUCAAAUUAAAAUGAUGUUAAGUGUGAAA